AUGCCAGGUUCCUCAUUGUACCGGACCCCUGUUAAGCUAGUUGGGCAAGAACUCCCUCGGCUUUGCUCCGAGUUCCGUGAUGAGCAGAUCAUCAGAUAUUACACGUUCUUCAGUGUGGAGAUGAUUCUCAUUAUUGGCCCAGAGGCUAUCUCCGAGCUUUGUCUUUCCCGCUCUGACAGCUUCUCUCACUCCAAGGCAAUUGAGCUUCUCGCAGAAGCCGGGUUAGGAUACCCCGGGCUGCUCGGUGCGAGGGGAGAAACACAUAAGCGCCUUCGCAAAAUGUUCUCGCAGGUAUUCACGCCCACAACAUUGUCCAAAAUAGCCAGCCCAAUGUGGGAGAGCUGUCUGUCGAUGGUGCAAGACCUCAACCACGAUGCAUCAUCUAUCAACAUUAGCCAGUGGGCCUCACAGUCCGUUCUCGAGCUUUCGGGUACUGGUGUAUUUGGUCAAGACCGCAAAUGGUUGGCUCGGUACCCUGAUCUUGCUGGAAGCUUGAAGCGCCGAGUGGCAAAUGGCCAGAUCAAAAAGAUGGCUCUUUCUAUCUUCCCUCGCCCCAUCCGUUCGCUCGUUAUGUUGACUUUAUUCGGUCGACAAGAGCUAGCCGACCUCGAGUAUGUGGAAUACGUCGCGCAGGACCUUUUGAAGGCCGAAAUGCAGAAUUCACCAGAUACCACUGAGCCCGAUCGCGCCAUAAACCUCAUAUCGGUUAUGUUAGAAGAUGGCAGCAUCUCAAAAGAGCAACUGCUAGGCCAUAUCUUGAUCUUCCUCGUUGGAGCAUCGGAAACCACCUCCGCUACAUUCCAGUGGAUGACCAUUGAGCUUUGUAGACAUCCAGAAGUCCAGAAAAAGUUGCUGGACGAAAUACAACUGCAAUGGUCUUCAAUAUACGAAAGCGGUGAUGAUGGGAAGCUCUUUUCUCAGAUCAAACGCCUCCCGUAUCUGCGGGCGGUUGUUGAGGAAUCACUGCGACUGUAUCCGGCAGUCGUUCUGACGGAACAUGAGGCGACAGAGAACACAACAAUCAUGGAUGUGCCUAUUCCCAAGGGAUCGAUACUAUUAUGUCCUCCUCUCGCGGCAAAUUCAAACCAUCGACUCUGGGGUGAAGAUGCCGCGGUGUUUAACCCAGACCGUUGGCUGUUUAGGAAGUCGGCAACUCAAGAGACUAUCAACCAGAAUCCCUGUGCAAAUAUGACUUUUUCUCAUGGUCCACGAAGCUGUCCUGGUCACUCACUUGCAAGGAUGAUGUUGUCGUUUUUGACGGUUGCCUUCAUCAGCCAGUAUGAGAUUUCUCUUCAGGAUCCACAGCAAUCGUUUGUGCCAGCCGAAGCAGUGUAUGCGAAACCUGUCCCGGAGGUUACAGUCAAACUGGUGGAAGUGUGCAAGUAG